UGGCUCCUAUGUCAUCAUCGGGAAGCAAGUCUGUCAGGCAUGCAGCUGCGGGGUGACCUACACUAGUGAGAGGCACAGCAAUGAAAACAAGGGCAUCACCUCAAGUGAGAGGAAAACAGUAAUGACAGAAAACUGCAGCAGGAAGGAGCUGUGGGAAUCUAUUGCUGGGGACCAAAGAGGCAGGCGUGACCUGAGCGCCCGUGCAGACUGGCUGUGGGGACCUGAAGGCUGGAUAUUUGUCGUGAGGGCACCGGAGGCCAGCUCUGCCCCGUUUGUGAGAAGGGUUGCCGUGAGCACCCUGCGGCGUGGAGGAGACACGAUGGAAGAGACGUAGCUAGAUGUGGAGGCCGGGGAGCAAAUGCUCACGACACAGGCUGUCCAGGGGAAGAGAUGAAAUCACAAAAACGUCAGUCAUAACGACUGGCUUCUUGGUUUUCUCCCAUUCUUAACUCAUUUGGCCAGCCCCCUCUGCAGUGGCCUGCGUGGGGACAGUUGGUGGUGAAGCCACCCAGCUUGGCUUUAGUCAUGGUCCACGACUGUACCAGCUUAUCACGCCGGGCCCGAUCCUUCCCCCACCCGCAGCGGCCCCGCACCGCCUUCCGGAGCACUCCCCCGGCUCCCGCUCUCUCCCCUUUCACAGCACUCAUCCACAUCGCUAUGAUUUCAUUAUUGACUGUAUGCUUUAGAAGAUUGUUUGUACCAGGAGAAAGAGAAGAAAUGGAUGCAGGUAGAAAGCGUGUCUUGUUACCGGAGCAGCCCUGGCCCCAGCACAGCUCGGGCCCGCUACCUAGAUUGUCAGCUGCCGAAUGAGGAAGAAAAGGCAGAAGAACAGGAUCUCCAGGGCCUGAAGGAUAAACCUUUGAAGUUUAAAAAGGUGAAGAAGGAUAAGAAAGAAGACAAAGAGGGCAAGCAUGAGCCCCUGCAGCCAGCGGCCCACCACUCUGCUGAGCCAGCAGAGGCAGGUAAAGCAGAGACCUCGGAAGGGUCGGGCUCGGCCCCAGCCGUGCCAGAAGCUUCGGCCUCCCCCAAACAGCGGCGCUCCAUCAUUCGCGACCGGGGACCCAUGUACGACGACCCCACUCUGCCUGAAGGUUGGACCCGAAAGCUUAAGCAAAGGAAAUCUGGCCGCUCCGCUGGGAAGUAUGAUGUGUAUUUGAUCAAUCCCCAGGGAAAAGCCUUUCGCUCUAAAGUGGAGCUGAUUGCAUACUUCGAAAAGGUAGGCGACACCUCCCUGGACCCUAAUGAUUUUGACUUCACGGUAACUGGGAGAGGGAGCCCCUCCCGGCGAGAGCAGAAACCACCUAAGAAGCCCAAAUCUCCCAAAGCUCCAGGAACUGGCAGAGGUCGGGGACGCCCCAAAGGGAGCGGCACCACGAGACCCAAGGCAGCAACAUCAGAGGGCGUGCAGGUGAAAAGGGUCCUGGAGAAAAGCCCCGGGAAGCUGCUCGUCAAGAUGCCUUUCCAAGCUUCGCCGGGCAGCAAGGCCGAAGGGGGUGGGGCCACCACGUCGGCCCAGGUCAUGGUUAUCAAACGCCCCGGCCGGAAGCGAAAAGCUGAGGCUGACCCCCAGGCCAUUCCCAAGAAACGGGGCCGAAAGCCGGGCAGUGUGGUGGCGGCUGCCGCCGCCGAGGCCAAGAAGAAAGCCGUGAAGGAGUCUUCCAUCCGGUCUGUGCAGGAGACCGUGCUGCCCAUCAAGAAGCGUAAGACCCGGGAGACGGUGAGCAUCGAGGUGAAGGAGGUGGUGAAGCCCCUGCUGGUGUCCACCCUUGGCGAGAAGAGCGGGAAGGGACUGAAGACCUGCAAGAGCCCCGGGCGGAAAAGCAAGGAGAGCAGCCCCAAGGGGCGCAGCGGCAGCGCCUCCUCGCCCCCCAAGAAGGAGCACCACCACCACCACCACCAUGCGGAGCCCCCUAAGGCGCCCGCGCCACUGCUCCCGCCCCCGCCCCCGCCCCCACCGGAGCCCCAGAGCUCCGAGGACCCCGCCAGCCCCCCCGAGCCCCAGGACUUGAGCAGCAGCGUCUGCAAAGAGGAGAAGAUGCCGAGAGCAGGCUCGCUGGAGAGCGACGGCUGCCCCAAGGAGCCAGCUAAGACUCAGCCUGCGCUCACGACCGCCGCCGCGGCCACAGAAAAGUACAAACACCGAGGGGAGGGAGAGCGCAAAGACAUUGUCUCAUCCUCCAUGCCAAGGCCAAACAGAGAGGAGCCUGUGGACAGCCGGACGCCCGUGACCGAGAGAGUGAGCUGACUUUACACAGAGCGGAUUGCAAAGCAAACCAACAAGAAUAAAGGCAGCUGUUGUCUCUUCUCCUUAUGGGUAGGGCUCUGACAAAGCUUCCCGAUUAACUGAAAUAAAAAAUAUUUUUU